CAUGGCAGACUUAGCAGUGGCUUUCGCUCUCGCUGAGGAAAUAGAUGCUAUUGAAAUCCCCUUCGUUCUUCAUGCGCUACAAGAAAGAAGGCAGAGGAGGGACAUUCCAAAAAUUCAGGGAUCUUUUGUGAAGGAAGUGGUGUUUCACUAUACCCCAAGUGUCUUUAGAACUCACUUUAGACUGAGCCCUGGGCUUGUUGAGGACCUGAUAAGGGAUCUGCAUCCCUAUUACUCGAACAUAGCGGGCACAAAAUGGCCACUGAAAGACGCAAUGUUGGCUUGCCUGUGGACCCUGGGAAAUCUAGAGUCCUACAGAAGCGUCGCGGAACGGUUCAACACGAGCAAAUCGAACCUGAGCAAUCACCUGCACGACAUCUGCAACCUGAUCGUCACCCACUGCAAUCACAAGAUCAGCUGGCCGACGGGGCCGGCCGUGUGGCAGAUCGAGCAGGUGUUCCGCAACGCGGGCUUCCCGCGGACCCUAGCCGCUGUGGACGCCUGCCACAUCCGCAUCGUGAAGCCGCGGAACGCGGACUGCCCCGACGCCUAUUUCAACAGCAAGCAUUUCCAUUCCGUGAACCUGACCGCGUUCACCGACCACAGCACGAGGUUCGUUCACAUAAACGUCGGCCACCCUGGAAGCUGGCACGACGCACAGGUGUACGCGCAGACGGAGGUUGCCAGACUUCUAGAUGAAAGCCCGGAAAGCCUGCUCUCAGAGGGGAUGCACCUGAUCGGGGAUUCUGCUUACCCCCUCUCUGAGCAUCUCAUGACCCCGUUCAGGGACAACGGUCACCUGACAAGGGCGCAGAAGAGGUACAACCGAAGACUCUCAGCGGCCAGGAUGGUGGUGGAGAGGGCUUUUGGUUUCUUGAAGAGCCGAUUCAGGAGGCUAAGGGGACUGCACAUGCGCUCCAUCAAGAACAGUGGUCUGGCCAUUACCGCGUGUUGCAUCCUUCAUAACAUGUGCCUGGAGGCGGCAGAGGAGAACUUUGAACUGAGCGAGGAGUCGGAGAAGGACAAGAUCGACGAGGAACUACUAGAACAGCUUCCCCCACAUCAUCCUGGUGUUCAGAAAAGAAAUGCAAUCUGUGCCUCCUUUUAAUGUGGUUC